CUCCCUCCCCCCCCUCCUCCUCCUUGCCUCUCUUCCUGCCCCCGCUGUGGGCCUCAAACAAGGCGCUGUCAUGUCCCGGAGCGGCCCCCUUGCCAUUCGCCUUCACAAUGACUUCGACACUGAGGAGUCCUCCAAGGGGCUGCUCAUCCGCGAGAACGCAUCUACGCGGGAGAUCCUCCGCGAGGCGGUGCGCAAGUUCCGCGUCGGAGUCAGCGACACCACCGACAUCAGUGACUAUGCCAUCAUCCUGACCAUCGGCCCGUCGGAAUGGAUUCUCCCGGAUGCCCCCUUCGGGGCGAUCCAUCGGUUCAUGGAUGCCGUUAAGGGAUACAAGAUGCCGCCGGCCCCGCGCGAUCCGCUUUACGUCACGCAGUUUUCCCCCGACUCAUAUGAAAACGCCCGGAUUUUUCUCACUCGAAAGAAAAAGUUUGUCUCGAUUGCCGUUGGCCACGUCUCCUCGGUCCGCGACUCCUCCAGCAGCUGCCGACUGGGCAUCGAUGACAGCAUGUCUGCCAAGGCUGUCAUCCAGCAGGCCAUCGUCAAAAUGGGCCUCAGUUUCUCCGUCGAGCAGUGCAACCUCUGGUUCAUUCACGAUGGCAUCACUGAACGCUGCUUCGACUAUCUCGAGCACCCGAGCAUGACAAUUUCCUACUGGCGACGCCGGGGACAACGAGAGAACAUCCGGUUGGUCAUCCGCCCGCGCCAGGUCAACCCCCACGGACUGGUGGUGCUAUCGACUCUCGGAGAGGUCUAUCCCCCUCCACAGCCUGAGGACUCCCCUUUCCGCGUCAAGUGCAAAGAACGCAAAUACCUCAACUCCGCCUGGCUGGCCUGCCUUCGGUCCUUCCCUGCCAACAACCAAUGUGCCGACUGUACUGCCCCCUGGCCGCGCUUCGUGUCACUGAACCUCGGGAUCUUCCUGUGCGAGGAUUGCGCCGGCAUCCACAUGGAUCUCAGUACCUGCUCCGAGAACUCCGGGCACCACCAAGCCCUGCCCUUCUGGUCCAAGAUCCGGCCAAUGGACUUCUUCAACUGGUCGUCGGAUCUCUUCGAGCUUUUCGUGCUGAUCGGCAAUGCCCGAUCCAACAGCCUCUGGGAGCGCUUCCUCCACCGCCCCCAGCCGGACUAUGAUCGCGCGCAGUUCAUCGCCGGCGAGGCGAUCAUGAAACAAGCGCAGCCGGACAACGAUCAGAUUGCCGCCUGCUUGACCCCGAGCCAGCCAGAGUUGCCGAUUCUCCGUGGCCCGCCAUUCCCCCAAUACUACGACUGGGUGAAGCCCCUGCCGAUGGCCGUGCUGGACAUCAAGCGGCGCUUCAUCAUCAACAAGUACAUCUUCCGGCGCUACUCUUUGGACCUGAGCCGAGCCAUCCUACCAAGCCGCACUCCGAUUGAGGUCCUCUUCCGGUCGAUUGCCAACGCCAAUCACGCCCUUGUGGCACAUCUCCUGGCCCAAGGGACCUCGGCAUUUGUGAAGGGGGUCAUCGAUCCGAACCAGCAGCACCCAAACAAGACAAGCUUCUUUGGGCAGUCGCCCUUGCAUUUUUCCGCGCUGCGUAGCAACUCGCCGAUGUCCCUGCUGCUUACCUGGGCCGGGUGUAACCCCUCAGCACGGGACAAUCGCCAGCGCUCGCCGCUGCACUUUGCCUCGGCCAUCAAGCGCAAGCAGACGGACUUCAAUACGCAACUUUUCCGCGAAUCCCAGGUCCUCUUCGAUGCAUUGGAGCGUGAGUUCUUCGACCUGGAGCCAGUGCACGAUCCUUCCGGCCAUCCAGCCCUACGGGCGGAUGUUCGCGCGGCCUGCAGCCUGUUCCUGCUGCACUUUGGCCAGCCGUCCGAGCACCUGGUCCAGGAGUUUGUCUCGCCCGAGGGCCGGCAGAUCCGUCUCUUUCUGGCGUCCAUCCCGGAUGCCGGGAUACAGCGCCUCUUCGCCUCAGCCGUGGCCGAGAUUGAGCAUCGGUGGAGUCACCGGACCGAGGCCGAGGCCGCGGCCGCCAAUUACUCCAGCGAUGUUGCGGUUCUCCUGUCCGAUGCCAUGAACUCCGACGAGCUGCUGGUUGCCCAGAUGUCCGAUGACCACCUGCCCUUGCUGCUGGAUGCCCUGACUGCGGAGGUGACGCUUCGUGAGCAGGCGUCCGUCUACCUGCGACACAUCCGUGCGGUCGGCCCGCGGCAGCAUGCCCGGCCGCGGCCUCGCCAAAAGCCGGCCAAUCGGGACUCCGUGGCGCAGGCCGUGUCGGCCUGGGAGUCACGCAAGUCCCUGAGUGCCGAGGCGAUUGCCGCCCAAUCUGGCACCAGUGUGGAGCACCUCCAGGCCAGCAUGGCCGGGGCUUCGUUCUUUGUGUCCGCGCCAGCGGGGCAUCCUGGCAGGCCUGGCCACGCGUUCGGCGCGGCGGCAACCCCCGACCCGGAACCCGCGCCGAGCACCAGCUUCUCCUCGGUCUUCCGCCAGGCCUUCUCUCGGAAGAGCUCAGCCAUCAGCUCGGAGGCAGGGCCCGCCGGUGUUGGCAGCGCCUCGACGCUGGGGGCAAAGUCGCGCAAUGCCGCCGGCAAGUCGCAGGCCAACUCCACUGGGCCGUCGACCACCAGCGCUGGUGCGGGUGCUGGCGCGGGCGCCGGCCCCGGUACCGGCGCCGGGUCCGGGACUGAGCUCAUCUUCCGGACUCUCGGCACUGGCCCGGGCUACUCGCCGGUUCCGUCGCAGUGGAUGGAGGACUUGCUGAAUAUGCAGCUGGCGGAAUUGUCCUCCAUCUCGGGCGUGGCAUCGGAGCUGCUGUUGAUGAGCGACAUCUCGCAAGACCUGCUGCUAAGCGUGGACGAUCGCCUGGGCAUGGACCUCGUGGAUCAGGCCUCCAACUCGCGGACGGUCUUCGUGUCCGGGGAUCCGCCCACGGCCGGGGGAAUGCCCACUGGGGGCAAUAGUCAGGGCGGCUCGCCGGCCAGUAAGCAGUCCUUCGCCGUGGACAUGACGCAAAUCAUCAACAAGCAGGGGGGCAGCUCCCCCGGGGGCCGGGCCGACAGCCCCAUCAGCGGCAUGAAGCCUCCGCCGGGACAGCCACCGGCCCACCUGCGUGCUGGGUCCUUGGCACAUAAUGGCGCGCCGCAAUUGGCCCCCGGACCCUUCCAGGGGACCAAUCGCCUGUCCAUGAUGCGCAGUCCCACGCCCCUGGGUCCCGGGGAGGGCGGCUCUUCUGGCGGCCCCGGCACCGCUGCCGCCCUGCCCGGCAACUCGCUCCACCAUACCAGCUUCAGCCCCUCGCGACCGUCGCCGGGUGUGCAUUCGCAGCACCAGAUGCACCGGUUCAGCGCGUCCCCAGCCUUGACGGGGUCCUUCUCUUCACAGCCGCAGCCCGGACCCGGGGGGUAUUCGGCCUCGGCGUCGGCCUACCACGCCGGCCAGCAGGCCCAAGCGCCCCAGCUUCCCCCCUCCUUGCUGGGGAAUUCCACCUCCAGCGUCGGGGCCCCGGCGGCUGUGACCGGCACCUCUUCGCCCGCAAACAUGGGCUCCUCCUUGUACUUCAUCCAGCAGCAGCAGCAGCAGCAGCAGCAGCAGCCGGGACAGCAUCUCCCCCAGCAUGCGUCGGCGCAACUCCAGCCGCCUGCACAAUACUCGGCGGGCCUUUCGACGCACCCCUACCCGCUGCACCCGCCGUCGCCGGCGCUCCCGCACCAUAUCCACCAGCACUCAAACGCGAUGCCAGUGCCACACCAUCCAGGCCACCAGCAGCCCCAAGGAUCGGGCUCAGUGCCCAUGUCCAUGUUCCUCCCCCCGUCGAUUGUCAGCUCGCCACCGGGGCAGCAGGCCCUCCACCCGCAGCCAGGCCCACAGGCCGGCCUUUCCCGGUCCACCAUGUCUUCUUCGCUGUCAGAUUUCCGUGGCCCUGCCGGAUUGGCCCCCCCGGCGCCUGGGUCUGGCGUGUAUGCCGGGCCACCGGCGAGCGCCCUUCCUCCGGCACUCCAAUCCAACUGGCAGGCACGCACUCGGGCCAGCUCCAUUGCCGGUGACCUUCCCAGUGGACGGAUCCUCCCGGAGUCGCAGUCGCCCCUCUCGGCGACCGCCCUGCCGCCCAAGCUGACAGCUCCACCCUCCCAGGCGCUGGCCCCGGCGGCGUCAUACGAUCAGCAGACCAUCGACCCGCGCAUGCAUCAGCAGUUCCAGCAGCAGACCCAUCAGCAGCAAGCCCAGCAUCCCUUUGCCCACCCCCAUCAGCAUCAGCACCAGCGCCAGCAGCAUCACACCCAUCACAGCCAGCCACCGUCUCAGCAGGUCCCGCCGCCUGGGGCGGGCCAUUUCCCCCAGCCAUCUCCCCCGGCAGGGGCCCUGUUUUCCGGUGCGGCCCUGCCGCCGCCGCCGCCGCCGGCCACCAUGCACUUGCCCGCGGCGCCGGGGUCCACUGCUGCUGUCCGACCCCCGCAACACCCUCCACGCGUGGCGGGCCCGGGCACGUCCCCCGCACAGCCUGUCGCUGCCGCGUCGGCCGUGGCUGCCGCCGCGGGGUCGUCGGUCCCGCACCCGGUUUCGGCCCCGGUGCCAACUCCCGCUUCGCCCUUGAGCACCCAAAGCCCGGUGGCCAGCCCCACCGGGUGUCCCCGGCGCGAAGCCGAGCGCGGCCUCUCGGCCAUUGUGUGUGAGCAGCUGACGCCGCUUACUUCGCAGAUGGUUGCCUCUCUUGGGAAUCUGCCCGCCCGGGUGGGUCCUGGAACAGCCGGGCUGCCUGAGGGGCUGCACGAGGCUUCGAAGCGCCUGCUCCAGGCAACCGACGGCUUCUUGGCGGAGCUGGUCCGCUGCGGCGGCAGCAUGGCCUGCUCCAUGGACCCGGCUUUGGCUGAACUUGGUGUGGCUCUCACAAAGGGGGCUGGCGAGGUGGCUCAGGCGGCCGGACAACUGCGUGUUUGCUUCGCCGACACUCAGCCUGUCACCGAGGCCGAUGCCUUCCGGGUGGCCGUCCGCGGGCGCCUUCUUCUCCUGAUGCAAGCCGUGCGCCAGGCCCUUUCCCUCUGCUCGUGAGAGGUACCAGCGCCAUUGGUCUCUGCCUGGUCUUCAGGAAGCCCCCAGUACACGGGUGUGCAUGCGUGUGUGUGUGUGUGUAUGUUGAUGUUUUUCUUUUUCGGCGAGGGGGGACAUGCUCCCGACAUAGUUCAUCCGGUGGCCACCCCCCUCCCCCCCUCCCCCUUACCUCCCUUCUGCCGCCCCUCCUAUCGGCCCCAUGCGCUUGUUCAUGUACCGGCUGGUCCCGGCAGCGCCUCUCACCAUGCGGGCGAUAUACACAAUCCUGAGCACACCCACCCCCAAAUACAUGCACACACACACACACACA